AUGCAUUUUGAGUUGCAACACCAAGGAUGGGCUAAAGGACUCUGCAAAGGGGCCAAGAUCCAUCUGCCGACCUGGGGGGUGAUCGUGCACGAUGUUAACGUGCGCGCCCUUGGGAUUGACAAGGCAACGGAGCUGAAGGAUGCCUUGGCACGAGUGAUUAAAAUGUUGGAGACGUCGAGCCAGAAGAACUGGGGCAAGGAUCCCAAAGUGAUCAAGCUGCAUUGGGCGGUCAUUCCUGACGGCAAGAAAGCGAGUUCGAUGGUUAUGGAACUGGACUCGCCAGUUGCGGCGAAGAAGGCCACUGACCUGAAUACCCUGCUUAGCGAUAGUUAUCUGACCACGGUCUUAUACGACCGGGCUGGUCGCAUUCGACAGUGUCAUCGAUGUCAACAAUUUGGACACAUAGGAUUAAACUGUCCCAACGGAGCCAAGUGUGUGUUCUGUGCCGACGAGCACCUUUCUUGGGAGUGCGAGCGGUACAAGAACAGUAUUUUCAUGGAACGGAAGAGCGCCAAUUGCGGGGGCGCACAUGCUGGAUGGUCAAGGAGGUGUGAGGCGUUCCGUUAG